GGCUUAUGAAUUUAGGAGAGCUGCUUCUGACAGGACCGCGAGUCGGGGUUGACAGAGGACCUGGUAGUCUGGAACGUCUUGCGGGUUCUGCUCGUCGGUGUAUUCAUUGGCUGCCGUUGUAAGGUCAUCAGUUGUCUGUGGUUUGCCAGUGGAUUAUGGUGGCUGAGUUACAGCGCUCCCUCGCGGCGGUCGCCUGUCUGCUGUUUUGGCAUGCAGCAGGUGUCCUGUCCAUGCCGAAUCCCCAGUUGAGGGAGUCUCUCAUUGAGCUGGAGGCCUCCCAGCAGACAGGGGGGCAAAUGGUGCUAACAGACUUGGAAAAGCUCUUGGAUGCUCGGCUGUACCAAAUGAAGCAGGAUGAGAUGGCUAAAGAGCAAUUCCCUCCUGCCCUGCACUUCUUCAAGGCCAAACCCUUAAUCGAGCGCAGUCCCAUCUUUCACCUGCUGCAGAAAAUGCCCAAAGGUGGAGCCCUGCAUGUCCAUGACCUUGCCAUGGGGGACCCCGAGUGGCUUGUGAAGAAUGUGACGUAUCGGCCGAACUGCUACAUGUGCGUCACUGACAAAUGGUCGGUCAGCUUCAUCUUCUCAUCGGGGCAGCCUAAGAGUGUGCCUAACUGCUCUCCGUGGAUCCUAAUGGAAACACUCAGAAACAAACUGGUCAACGUCACAGAUCUAGACAACAGCAUCCUGGCCAACCUGACACUCUUCACUGAUGGUGAUCAUGAGGCCUUGUAUCCCAACCAGGUUGUGGUUUGGGAGAAGUUUGAUCUGAACUUCAGGGCCGUGAUGGGUCUGCUCACAUAUGCUCCCGUGUUCAGAGACUAUUACUACCACAGCCUCACCCAAUUCUACAAGGAUAGCGUCAUGUAUGUGGAAGUACGCGCUUUACUUUUGGAGGUCUACGAGCUGGACGGCAGUAUUCACGACUCAGCUUGGGCUCUGAAAACCUACGGGGAUGUCACCAGACAAUUUAUAGCCGACCACCCGGAUUUCUUUGGAAGCAGAUUCAUCUUCGUUGUCCACAGGACGAUAGAUGCAUCUGCGUUGAUGGCAGUAGUGGAAAAAGCAAUGAAGCUGCAGAGAGACUUCCCAGACUUGAUGGCGGGCUUUGACUUGGUCGGACGUGAAGAUGACGGAAAGCCGCUUUGGUAUUUCCGAGAUGCCUUGUCACUACCAGGAGAGAUGGGCGUGACACUUCCCUACUUUUUCCACGCUGGAGAGACAAAUCUGGAGGGCACCGAGGUGGACCAGAACUUGUUGGACGCUAUUAUGUUUAAUACUUCACGCAUCGGCCACGGGUUUGCUUUGAAUCGUCAUCCUUUGGCUCAAGAGCUGUCCAGGAAGAGAGGCGUGGCUGUGGAAGUGUGUCCCAUAUCCAACCAGGUGUUGAAGCUGGUGGAUGACCUACGAAACCACCCGGCAGGGGCGCUGAUGUCCCAGAACCACCCAAUGGUCAUCAGUUCCGAUGACCCGGCAAUGUUCGGCUCCUCUGGCCUCUCCUACGACUUUUACGAGGCCUUCGUGGGCUUCGGGGGCAACAGGUCCCACCUGGGCACGCUCAAACAACUUGCCAUCAACUCUAUUCUAUACAGCUCGCUGAGCCCAGAACUGCAGAACAAAGCUUUGGAUUUGUGGCAGAGGAAAUGGGACAAGUUUGUGUCUGAAAAUACUUUCCAGAAACAAGAGUGUGGCUAUGGACAUUUUUUUUGCUCUUAUCCCAGCAUACGUCCUCAGAAGAAACUCUUGAAUUCUGCUGGUGUGUUGUGAGCAGGAAUGUGAGGCUUUGCUGUUUAGCACUUUUGCGAUUGGGUAUUUCUCUUGAAUUUGCACUUUGUAAUGGCGGGGCCCAGAUUUGCUCGGGUGCUUUCUCUUUUGACAUCGCCAUGAAAACUGCUCGCACUAUUUUUAAACAUUUUAUAUGCGUUGUGGUCACAAAAAUUUGUGUUUAUGAUUCUUGGAAAACUCUGGCCAAAAAUCAAAACUUCAGACGUUU